AACUUCAACAGGAGUUUGUUUUGAAAAUCGGAUGUGACGUUCGACACGUGUUAGCUUUAGCUUCAUCAAAGGUCGUAGAUCUUCGCUGGCUUUUUAUCAGCAAGGAAAGCUGUCGGCUGUUCAGCUAGUCGUAAGUUUAGUUUUUCUGUUCCGUCACAUUUGUCCAGAAGAUACAUUAGAAGAUGCGUCUAAUUGUGAACGUGGUUCUGUUCGAGGCGUUCAAAUAAACGUACCGUAGACAUCCGAAUAUGGGCGCAGAGCAAUUUAAGCCUCCGAGCAGCAGCCGGGAGAGCAGCCUGCUGAGUAAUUGGAGAUGAAGUCCAGGAGAGUUGGACCUCCUGACGGGGGGUACGGAUGGGUGGUGGUCGCAUCAGCCUUUUUUGUUAUGGGCCUUACCGGAGCUGUCCUCAAAAACUUUAGCCACUUUUUCCUGGAGAUCCAGAGUCACUUUGGAGUCAUGACCAGCACUACCUCCUGGGUUUCUUCCACAACUAUUGCCAUGUUUCACAUAGGAGCUCCUGCAGCCAGUGCUCUGACGUUACAGUUUUCUCAGAGAGCGGUCAUCAUAGUUGGAGGUCUUCUGUGUACUUUGGGCAUGUUACUGGCAUCUCUGGACCUCAGUCUGCCUUGGCUCUACCUCACUAUGGGUGUCCUAGAAGGUACAGGUAUAUCCUUCUCAUGGAUUCCUGCCAUCAGCAUGGUGAAUCACUACUUUUCAAGGUGGCGCCCCAUUGCCUAUGCCAUUGCCAGCUCGGGGGAGUGUGUCUUUGCCAUUGUUUUCAGCCCUCUGUUCAAGUGGCUCAUUGAGAUGUACAGCUGGCAGGGCGCUUUGCUCAUCAUUGGAGGCCUUCAGUUUAACCUGUGUGUGUGCGGUGCGCUCAUGAGACCUCUGGAAGCAAAUUGGGGCGCUUCACCAAAAACUAGCAAAGAGGACGCCGAAGAAAAUGCUGCUGCACUCCCAUCGAAGAAGAAAGCAGUCUUCCAGUGCUGCCUGCUGAAAAAACCUGAACUUCUUCUCUACAUUCUGUUUGCAAUCUUUGCAGCUGCAGGGUUUUUCACCCCAACUCUGUAUUUGGUGCCCUUUGCCAACAGCUUAGGGAUAGAUAAGUACUGGCCAGCCUUUAUCCUCUCUGUUAUGGCUGUAGCAGACCUGGCAGGCAGGUUGUUUUGUGGGUGGCUCGCUAAUAUGAGGUUUUUAAGGAACCUGCAGCUGCUCCCCACCGUAACCACUCUGCUGGGGGUUGUGCUGCUUCUACUACCCAUCGGUCACAACUACUGGUCCAUCCUGGUGUUUGCAUCACUCUAUGGCUUCCUGUUUGGCUGCAUGGUGGCCAUUCACGUCACCUCCAUCGUUGACAUUGUGAGCUUGGAGGGCUUUGACAGCGGACUGGGGCUCUUUAUGCUAUUCAGGAGCAUUGGAGGCUUUAUUGGUCCACCUGCUGGAGGCUGGUUGGUGGACCAGACAAAUGACUAUAGCGCUGCCUUCUACCUCUCAGGCUUCUGCCUCAUUACGUCUGCAGUGUUUGUCGUCCUGGUCGACUUCCUGGUUCAGAGGAGGAAGUCUGCGGAGUUAUCAGGCCAUCAGACGAUCAACCAGCGGGGCGACGGGGAAACGGGAAAAGUCAAAGGACACACGGUUACACAAGAAUUUUAACUUGAGCUCAGGGUGUGAAGACUGUGUGCUUGCUGCUGGAUGAUCUGGCUUGGAUUGAGUUAGAGAAGUCUUGAAUGUCACAGAAUUGUCUACAGACCUACAAAAAUACAAAGAUUUAUAACCUCACAUGAUGUUUCCUUUACCUGAAAGCGGACGAAACUAUUGAAUGAAAAACAGGGCAAAAGGUAGUCGGUAGUAUUUACAGUAUCUGUGAGUGGUAAAGCAUUUCUAUCGUUUUGUGUGAUCUGCCACAACCUUUCAUCGUUUUUUUUUUUUUUUGCUUAAAGAUGUUGAUAGGUUUUAUUUGGUCGUUCCAAAGCCUUUCGUUUUUCACAAUCUAGAAAAAGUGUAGCGGUGACACCCAAACCAUGGUACUGCUACCCCCAUGUUUUAUACACAAGAUUUUUAAUCUGGAAUCCACUGUUUUAAUUUCCCCAAACAAGUCUUUUAUUUAAAGCCUAGAAGGGUAGUUCUGGCCUAAACAUUCACCAAAGUUAUUAAAAUUUCAGAUUUUUCUGUGUGAUCUUCAAUAAACUGUAGAAUGAGCAUCACGGUCAUUUUGUGAGCAGCAGCCUUCCAGUCCUGCUAUCCAUAUCAUUGCUUUUUGGUAUUCUUGCAAAGAUUCACUCAUAGUUUUUCAAAUGAUUGUGUUACUUGGCUUUAUUUGAAAUAAGGGCAUACUUUAAACUCCAAGAGGAACCUACAUCCCCCUGUUUUCUUAAUACUAUAACUUGUGCAGUUAUUUGUGUGUCUCCACCAGAAAGGACCAAAUGUGUUGUCCAGACAGGCUUUACUUUUAUUAUACCCAGAACAGACUACCUCCGGGACCAGUGUUCCCAUUAACGGUCCGUACAGAUGGAAACUGGAACCAUAACAGUUUAUUCAACUUUUUCAAUGGCACAUGUUUUUCUGUUCUGUAUCUAAAAAUAAACCCAGGAUUAGCCUGCUGUCAAGUUAAAAGCUGGUCAGACUUCAGGGUCCAGGUUCUUUUUGUCCUGAAGCAUCGAAGCUUUACUACAAAUAAACAGAUCAUAUCUACUGAGCACAAAUGCUAAAUGGCUUCAGCUGUAGAACUGUUGCAUAAGUUCUCGUCAUCUGUAAGACUAAUCAACACUGGGGUUCUAGUGGGAAAAAGCAAAGAUUAUGUGGUAGUUAUUAAGAGGAAUGAGCUGACAGUAAUGGCUAAGUCUUAAGACUAAUGUUUGACAAUUUUCUCUGUUUUGCUGCCAACAAAUCCCAUCAGAGAACCCAAACCAAAAAGGCAGUUAUCAGGAAGUCACGUUUUAAAUACAUUGGUUCCCGAUGACUGUAAAGCUUAAAAAAGGAUACUUGUAGUGGAAUUUCAGCUAAUAGAAACUAGUUUUGCACAUUGGGUUUGUUCUAGAUGGUUUAUUUUAAACUUUAAACACACCAGGAUAUGUUCAGCAGGCAGCAGCUAUGGACAGGGUCUGAAAUGAAUUCAGAUAUCAUUUGCAAACCUUUAAAAAUGUUCUCAUCUCAUUCAGAACAAAAGUGACUUUCUUAUGCAUUUAUUCCUCUGAAAAGAAGCAAUCUUGUACUUCCAGAUUUUGUUUUGUGAUGACCUGCUAAGGAUUAGAAAUCCUCAGGAUUGUCCGUUACAUGUCCUGAAUAGUCUGUGAAUACAUCUUUAUAUACAAUGUUUUUAGUUAACUAAAAACAUAUUCAUUGCUUCUGUCAUCUUCUGCAAGAGGUAUAACCAAAGUUUCUCCAGAUCAAAAAUUGUAGUUAAUACUUUUUAAAAAUAACUUGAUGGACCUUCUGCAGGUCCAUUCAAACAAGAUACCUCUUUAUUUUUUAUGAGAUUUACUUGAUACUCUUGCUCAGUCAAAUCAAAUUUAUUUUGCAAUAGAAACCCAAAGAUGGGGUUCAUUUUAUGUUACAGGAAACUUGAAAACUCGAUAACCUUGUAUAUUUUUAUAUUUCACUCAUUCAAAGCCACUUUACUGAGUUCGUUCGAACAGCUUCUAAUUACCUCCACACCGUUUUAAUGCCUACAUGUAACAACAAAAUGUAGUGAUUAUGUUUUAUUGUCUCCAUAUAUUGAAUAUUUAAACCAAUUGUAGCAAUGUAUCAAAUAAAAAUAAAAUAGCUGCAGUGA